AUGGACCAGAAUCGCCCUGUGCCCCUCUACCUAGUGGGCUUCGGCAUAACCUGCCCUUUGAUGAUCACAGCAGCCCUGCAACUGCCUGCUUCCUAUAACAACGGCGGACUCGAGAAAGUCCUCUGUGGUCGCCCGUUAGGCCUAGAAAGUCCCGCUCCAUCGCGUCCCUGGCUCAGUGGUCUCAUUUGUCUGGGCAUGCCCCUUACUUUGCCGGCACAUCAGCUGGAGGUGCUGGCUGCAAUUGGUCGUCGUUGCUCACUUCUUCUCCUUGUGGGGGGCUGUUCGCGCUUUGGGGGUGCACAGGAGGCCUCUCGGUUCCGCGACUCCCUCAUUGCUGCUCGUCGGCGUGCACCACAGCCUUCAGAGGUGGGAAUUGGAGGUGCAGCUAGUGGCGAGGGUGCCAGCACCAAGCCCAACGAAUUCGAUCUGCAGCUUCUUAUCGUGGGUGGAGCAGAUCACCUCCUCCGACUACAUACCUCCACCGCCCGCCGUUGGUCCACCACCCAAGCAGUUGUUGACUCCGCUCUGAUUGUAAGCCUUGUCAAGAUUGCUAUUGUUUGUAUUUAA